CUUUGCACCAGAGACUUACUUCUUUUAGCCUCAAUUUUUCCACACUGAAAGGAUGUUUGGAGUUUUGCUGCUUGCUUUCUCUGUAGUUUCUGUCGCUUCUGCUGAGCUCUGCAAGCCAGAUGCACAGAAUGCUUUCAAAGUGCGGCUUAGUAUCAAAACAGCUUUGGGAGAUAAUGCAUAUGCCUGGGAUGCAAAUGAAGAGUACCUCUUCAAGGCAAUGAUGGCUUUUGCAAUGAGAAGAUACUCCAGCAAGAACACAACUCAAAUUUCCAACGUGCUGCUUUGCAAUGUGACGGAUCGGGUGUCAUUUUGGUUUGUGGUCACAGAUUCCUCCAAAAACACGACAACUGUUCCAGGAAGUGAGGUAGAGGCAGCCAUCAGGAUGAACCGGGACAGAAUCAACAGCGCCUUCCUACUGAGUGACAAAACAUUGCAGUUCCUGAAGAUAUCUACAACCUUAUCACCUCCUGUUGAGCCCUCCACACCUGUCUGGCUUAUUGUAUUUGGUGUUGUUCUUUCUCUCAUUGUGGCUGGAAUUGUUUUCCUCAUUGUUUCAGGGAUUCGGAAACACAAGAAAAAGAAUAAAGAGUCAACAGAGAGAGAAAAUUUAGAAGAGAAAGGCGAAGUGACAAUAACAAUUGAAAAUGGGAUUCCUUGCGAAACACUGGAUUUAAAAGCAGGCCACGUUAAUGGAGUCUUUGCAGCAGAUGAUGAACGGUUCACGUCCUUAUGAAAUGCUGCCAUUGCUAUCUGGUGUUCUUUUGAAAGACUCCUGUGCCUACCUUAUCUCGUCUCUACUCCUGAAUGUCAAACAUGAAGACAAGAAAAAUGUCCUUUCACUUAAUUUCCCUUGAGAGAACCUUUUACUGAUAACACAUACACUGGAGCUUCCAUUACAAUGCUUUUGUUUGUGAGCAAAGCAAAUGUGAAGACCUCACAUUAUAGCCAUUUACGAUUUCAGAAAGAUGUGUGACAGAACAGAGCUGAAACCUGCCUUGUGUCAGGCAUUUAAUUUUAAAUGAUUAUUUAAAUGCCUAUUGUUGUUUUUUCCUUGAUAUAAACAUGAAACUGCACUAUUCUUGACUGUCACAGGGGAGAUCAUCUAUCAUUGUCAAUUCUGUCUGGGCUUUCUUUUAAGCCAUAUACAAAAGUUUUCUCUGUAAGCUGACUUCUGUUUGCUGAUACACUGUAUGCUUUUGGAUGGAAUAGUGAUCAGUGCAUGAAGCUUUUAGUUUAUUUGGGGGGAUAAAAGCUCUCAUAGCCUCUGUAAAAGCAGGUUAAAAAAUGGCUGGGCCAUCUACAGUGUUAAAGACUAGCAAAAAUGUGUUUUUCAUAUUAAAAAGUCAUAAAUUACAUGACCCGGAAACCAAAAGUGGCAAUAUCUUGAAUUUUUUUUUAAAUUAAAAGGAAAGGGAGACUUUCCACAGGUGCCUCCUAUUGCCAAUGGCCCAGCUCUCGUUGACUUUCUAAGAGCAUACUGCAAUUGUUUGAAAAAUUUUCCUUACAUUUCUUAAUAAUAAAAUUAAAGCAGAUUUCCAAGCUAUAUAGUGAGCCCAGGGUCAACUGAAAUCUUCACUUGGCAGCUGGAUAGCUGAUUCAGCCCUUGAAAUACCAGCUGCUGUUUUUCAUACAUCAUGCCUGGCUGAGGUAAGUGGGCAGAGAGCAUUCAGACCUAGGAUUCCUAGGUAUGUGGCUGGAGGCUGAGAGUAUCAAACAAUACCAGGCGCUAAAUUUUAUUGCUGGAUUACUCUGUCAUCAGCCAUAUAUACAGACUAAGCUGUCUGUGCCCUACUCCUCUUCCUAUUUAAACCAGUGAUGUAUUUCUUGCUGAUUUGAGAAGAAUUGGGCCUGAGUAAAGGAGAGUUUCAUAUGUGGGUAAUUGCAGACAGAGGAUAUAAAUACAUUGAAGUAAAGUGGGACACCUGUUGGUCACCAAAUGGCUGCCCACACCACUGGAGGUAGGUUCUGACCAUUGGCUAUCACAUUUUUAGUGUCAUGUUUGGAUACAAUGUUAGAAAACUCAUUUGCUUAUUUCACCCAUAGGAACAGGUUAAAUCAGGAUAAAAACUCUUUGUAAAGGACCUUCCAGUGUCCUGAAAAUUAAGGAAGCUUCUCAUGCCCUCAGGUAUGAAUUCUUUAGCAUUUUGGCUGUAUCAGGCAUCUUUGGCUAUCCAUUUGGCUUGACUCUGGCUCUGGGGAAUGGGGUAAGCAGAAUGGGGAGGGGAAUGGUGAAACAGCAGGGUGAAACAGGGAGACGGAGCAAGCGGAGUGCAGAGCUGGGUGAGGGUGGGG